GGUCAAGCCUAAUGAUGACAACCACAAUCAGGAUCGUGGAGUAGCAUGUUGCCAAUGGCUCCAUCGGGAUUGCUUGAGCUGCCGGCAGAGCUCAGAGCCCGCAUCUACGUCGAUGCUUUCCAGUUUGACAGGACACUGUGCCGUCCCGUCAGAGCAGAGGCAUGGCGAGACUUCACUGGCUACGUUACCAAUCUGUCUCUCCUCACGACCUGCAAGCUCAUCUACAGGGAAUCUAAGGAUGUAUUUUACGACAUCAACAAGUUCGAAAUCUCGUACAACCAUCUCUGCACAUGUGAGAAUCAAUUCCCCUUUCCUACGCUGAACGAGCGCAUGCGGGAUAUUACCAUCUCCGGGUACUUACCCAGGAUCGAUCAAGAACGACCAUGCAGACUGUGCCGAUUCACAGAUCGUGGUUCAGGACUAUUCGAUUACCUAUCCACUCUACCGCGUCUCAAAAGCGUUGACGUCCUUUUCGAACACGAAACCGACUGGGACUCGGGCAUCCUCUAUCGCAUCAUUCAUUAUCAGAACUGCGCACUGGAAGCCCCGAAGAUCGGCGUACUGAGAGUCAAGGGACUGCCUUUCCAAUUACGAUUGCUCUUAUCGACCCUCUAUCUGGCGUGGCACCAUCUUGCUGGCGACCCAGACCAGGGAUCGGUCGGCUCCAAGCGCUACCCUGGUGAGCGAUCGACCCGCCACGCGCUUGAGUAUCUGCAGUUCGAGGCUAACACCUACGACCGCACCGCUCAAUCUCUACUGCGAUUCUUUCUGCCGAUAGAUGUAGACAACCCAUCCGCGAGCGUCCUGCGCUUCAAAGGUCUUCCGGACGAACUGAGGCGCCGUGCGGAUUUCACGAUCGAGCUGGCUGCCGAGUUGAACGCCAUCUUCAGCGAUGGUGGCGGGUCGGAAACCAUCCGAUGGACGGAGAUCGAUGGGAUGAUGUACAACGGCCGGUGGUCUUUCAGCGACGAGGAGGACGGAUAGACGCCUCCUUGAGUUCCCCACGACAACAUACAACACUGUUCCGUGCGUAGAUGUGGUUGCUUGGGCCCCGAGGAGCACAGCGCCACAUACGUGAGCGGACGUAGACCAUGAGGAAACUUUUCCAGUAUCAACCGUGUUAUGCUUUCGACAUCUCUCCCAGCGCUCCUUAUACGUACAUGACUGUUGCAGCAGCUUCACCAUGUCUACCAGGCCAUAUUUACCAAGCUCUGGGACGUCAUUUACCGGCUCUGCCAAAAAGUAGUGCGUGGCGGUGUUACACGUGCGUCCCUACCUACAUAUACACAGUCUUAGGUGCCCCAGUCGUACCAAACGCCUCGCUUCAAACAAAUACAUAUAC